AAUAACAAUUAUUUUCCUGAAAACUAUCAUUAUUAAAUAUUUUUCAGGUUCUUCUAAACCUGGGUUUUGUUCAUAUUAAAGUGAAAAGAGAAGUGGGAAAAAAGCAAAAAAGUAAUAAACUUUACUCAGAUUUUAGCUCUCUGAGAGACAGUUAUUGAAAGGGAGCUAAGGAGAAGUUGAGUGCUGCUUGUCAAAGAUUUGAACUUUUUUGAAUUUUUGAACUGUAAGCUAGAUAAAAGUGCAAUCUUUUGGAAUUGUUUGGUUUCUGGGAUCUUUCUGAACAAGAACAUCAGGACCUUCAAGACUGAAAAGGGAAAGUUUUCGCGACUUUGGAUUGAUAGAGUUUCGCCUGAGGGAAGCUGUUAGUAGGUAGAAAAGAUGGAUAGGGUGUCGAGGAUUCUUUUUAGUGUUCUGACAGAACCGCAACGAGGAGGACAGUCUUUCAUCACGUCGAUUAAGAUUGCUGUUUUACCGAUUGCGAAAGUGUUUACACUAUGCUUCUUGGGAUUUUUGAUGGCCUCCAAGUAUGUCAAUAUUCUUCCAGCAAAUGGACGGAAGCUUUUAAAUGGGUUGGUGUUUUCACUUUUGCUGCCAUGCUUGAUAUUCUCUCAACUUGGACAAGCCAUUACGUAUGAGAAAUUGCUUCAGUGGUGGUUCAUCCCUGUUAACAUUGUUUUGGCCACCAUAUUUGGUUCUAUUAUUGGUUUAAUUGUUGCUACGAUAGUCCGUCCGCCAUACCCUUAUUUCAAGUUUACCAUUAUACAGAUUGGCAUUGGGAACAUAGGAAAUGUUCCACUUGUUCUGAUAGCUGCGUUAUGUCGUGACCCAUCAAAUCCUUUUGGUGACUCUGAGAUAUGUGCGCGAGAUGGAAAUGCAUACAUCUCUUUUGGACAGUGGGUUGGUGCAAUUAUCCUCUACACCUUUGUAUUCCAAAUGCUCUCACCUCCUCCUGAAGGUUCCUUCGAUGUUGAAGAUGCAAACCUUCCUAUCAAGGUUCCUAACAAAGAAAGAUUACCGAGUCAUCCAUCAGGUAGUUCUGCAGAGCAAGUUCCAUUACUUGCAACAAAUGUUGCACCAGCCGACUCUAGUAGUUCAAAUAAAGAAAAGGUUAAACAGUUCUUUAAAUUUCUCUAUGAGACACUGAAGCUCAAGCAACUUAUUCAACCUCCCAUUAUAGCUUCUAUCAUAGCGAUUAUCAUAGGAUGUGUGCCGGUCCUGAAACGCCUCAUCUUUACUUCUGAUGCUCCACUUUACUUCUUCACUGACAGCUGUUUAAUUCUUGGGGAUGCCAUGAUUCCCUGCAUAUUGUUGGCCUUAGGAGGCAAUCUCGUUGACGGGCCAGGACCUGGAAGUUCAAAAAUUGGUCUUAAGACAACUGUUGCGAUUGUGUUUGCACGGUUGUGUUUGGUUCCUCCAACUGGACUCAGUAUUGUCAUGUUAGCUGAUAAGCUUGGCUUCCUUCCUGCUGAUGAUAAAAUGUUCAGAUUCGUUCUUCUUCUUCAGUAUUCAAUGCCCACAUCCAUACUUGCUGGUGCGGUUGCCAACUUGAGAGGGUGUGGGAAGGAGGCAGCUUCAAUCUUGUUUUGGGUUCAUAUAUUUGCUGUGAUCUCUAUGGCUGGAUGGAUCAUCCUCUACCUCAACAUACUCUUUUAAGUUGUUAGGAUCAAUACUGUUGCUACAGAGAAGGUAAAAACGAGAUAUCGGAUGGGAAGCUUUUUAUUCUUGUCGAAAAGCUGAUCAUUGUUUGUAAUCAGAGGGAGAGGAGAUGUAUCGAUUAUACGUAGGAAUUGUAUAUCUACUACAUCUAUCUGUUCUUGGUUUCUUCUAUUAUAUACCAAGCUUAUGCUACUUUGAAACUGGCUUAUGUCAAAGGAGCAUUUGGUGAAAGACAAAAGAUGAGAGGCUUUAUGUUCAUGUGAAUAAGAAUAAGUAAAUGGGAUUGUUUGUGGCACUUUUAAGCAGAAUA